GUGUUGAUUCCUUGGCAAUUUAAGACAGAUUUUUCGAGUAAUUCUAGUUAAAUGGACCCCAAAAUGCUGCACAAAACGACAAAAAAGCUUAAGAAGCUCACAUCGAGCCCCGAACAGUUCCUGAUAAUCCAGAACGAAAAGGCCGAAAAAUUGAAGGAAACGGUCAAGCAACUCUAUGAUUUUGGCAGGACAGUUCAAGUGGAGAGCGAAAACAAGUCGUCAGCGUUAAAUGAAUUGAUCAUCGAUCAAAUGGAUGAGGAGCAGAUAUGGCAACAAAUGGAAAUUAAUAAUGAAGAAUUUCUCUCAAAUUGUCUCAGUUUGACCUCAAAUCUGCUGUCGAUCAAUCAAUUAAAGCUGGAUUUGCCAUACGAGAAAGUUGAGGAAGAAGAAGAACCGACAAAUGGUCAUGCAGAGUCCGAAAAUGAAGACUUUGAACAAGAAGAGGUUGAAGAAAAAGUCAAAAAAUCUAAGAAAAAGACGAAAAAAGCUGGAAAAAAAAAAUCCUCAAUAGUCGACGAUAAAUUCUUCAAUUUAUCGGAAAUGGAAGCAUUCCUGGAGCAAGAAGACAAGAAAGAAAUGCGCAAAGGCAAAAAAGUUCCAGAUGAGGACGAUGAAAGUGAAAUUGAUUACUUCGAAGACCCUGGAGAGACUGACGACUCGGAGGCUGAAAAGGAAGAAAAUUUAAAAUAUUCGGAAUAUUUCGAUCAAUCUGAAGACGACGACGAGGAUUCUGAAGAAAAUGAAGAAGACGAAGAGGAAAAUGACGAAAAUUCAUCGAGAAAAGUCAAAUUUGACCUUUCGAAAAAUCAAGAAACGACUUUUGAGCGAGAUGAAUAUUCAGAGGACGAUCAGGAAGAGGAAGAAAAUGAAAAUUAUGAAGAAAAUGACGAAGAAGACGACACCGAAAAAUCUUCCUAUGAAAAACAUCAAGCUGCGUUGCGGAAAAAAAUCGAAAAACUCGAAGAAAAAGCGAUUCAAGAGAAAACUUGGCAGCUCAAGGGUGAAAUUUCCGCUCAAACUCGUCCCGAAAAUGCUCUUCUUGAAGAAUUUUUGGAAUUUGACUCGGCAACGCGUCCCGCCCCAAUCAUCACGGAACAAACGACGAUGGAACUCGAGGAAAUUAUCAAGCAACGCGUGAAAGAUCGUGCCUUCGACGAUGUCGUCCGUAAAGUAAAACCGGCGCAAUCCGUUCAAGAGUACCGAAAAACGCUCGUUUUGGACUCGGAGAAGAGCAAAGAGUCUCUCGCGCAAAUUUACGAAAAAGAAUUCCUCAAACAGCAAGAAAAACUCGAUCCGGAUGCCGAUGACAAGCCCGACGACGAGCCAAAGGAACACCAAGAAAUCCGAAAAUCACUGAAAUCGCUCUUCGCGAAGCUCGAUGCCUUGUCAAAUUACCACAUUACUCCACGAGCUGCCGCACCCGAAGUUAAAAUUAUCACAAACACGCCGGCGAUCUCGAUGGAAGAAGUUGCGCCGGUCACGAUGAGCACAGCAGCCUUGCUGGCACCCGAAGAAGUCAAGCAAAAGACAAAGGGCGAAACGAUUUUAGCGAAGGAGGAGAUGAGCAAGACCGACAAAAAUCGCAUGCGACGCGAAAAGAAAGCCAAAGCAAAGUUGAAGCGAAAAAUGCAGGAAGAGAAACAAGCGGAACUCGAAAAGGCUGGAAAAACAAACAAAAAAUUGGAACAAAAGAAGGCCAUGAAGGAGGUCAUGAAGAAUCGAAAUGUAGAAAAAAUGAAAGAAACAAAAGGAGUGAAUAUCACCUCGUCAUCGACAUUCUUUUCGAAGCUGCAGGAGGAAAACACGGCACUGGGCAACAAAAAGAAAAACCAGAAAAAGAAGAAAUUUAUGGAAACGUCGAAUGGAUUAACGGCAAAAGCACUAAAACUGUAAAUACGGAUGUAAUAAAAAUAAACAAAUUUAAAAUAACAAAAUUUUUAUUAAUAAUGCCAA